GUUGCCAAGACAAUACAGCGAAUUGACUAUCAAACAUUAGUUCGAUUCCUUGAAGUUGUAAUGGCAGUGUAAUGAAAUGUGUACUAGGCCUACUACUACACCAAAUGUAUUUAGUUUUCAGAAGAGGAGUCUAAUCGGAUGAUUCGACUGAUCAUGGAGAGUUCUUGCACCCAGCAUUUUUGCGAAGACACUGCCAUGAGGAGAUACUGUGAGAAAACGAUCCGAAAUAUCACGCGCGCAAAAGAUGACUGCGAACCUCGGGAGAUAAACAACAGCCGAAACGCCGACUGCGGGGAAGCUGCUGUAGUACCACUUCAAUUAAGCAACUUGGUGAAAAUGAUAGCUUUCAGAGAGACGUUGAAGAGGGUAUGCUGGAUGCUUACGAAUCUACUUUUUCUUAACCAAAAGGACUUCACGUUAUUUAGGCUGCAGCAGCGGAGCUCCAUGAUCCUGGGCACUGCAGGUCAUGCCAGGUCAAACAGGUUGAGCUGGCGCGGGAUGACUUCAUCAGGAGGAAGAUGACCCAACUCCGCUCUCCCCUUCUAGAGGGCGAAAUCCAAUCCCGCUGGCUUAAUAGGAACUCCAUUUGUGUGAUAGGAGAGGCGAUACGAGAGCUGCCCAGGCCAACAGAAGACCCUGCUCUCCUCUGGCAGGCACUGAAGGCCAGGCAAGAGAAACUGGCCGGGCAUAAAGACACUCCAGUUGACCUGUCCUCUGCCCGCGUUCGGUGGGAUUUAGCCCGUGGCUUUGAUGGGGACACAUGAAUCAAAGGAUAAAUGUACGAGUCACUACAAUGGAUGCAGAGCUGGAGUUUGCUAUCCAGCCUAGCACCACAGGCAAACAACUCUUUGAUCAAAUUGUCAAGACAAUUGGGCUGAGAGAGAUCUGGUUCUUUGGGCUCCAGUACCAGGACAGCAAGGGAUUCUCAACGUGGCUCAAACUCACAAAGAGGGUGACAGCCCAGGAUGUCAGGAAGGAGAACCCUCUUCUGAUCAAGUUCCGUGCCAAGUUCUACCCAGAGGAGGUUACAGAGGAGCUGAUUCAGGAGACCACCCAGCGCCAGUUCUUCCUACAGGUCAAAGAGGGGAUCCUCAACGACGACAUCUACUGUCCUCCGGAGACCGCCGUGCUGCUGGCCUCCUACGCUGUGCAGACCAAAUACGGAGACUACAACAAGGACUACCACGUGCCAGGCUACCUGUGCAGAGACAAGCUGCUCCCUCAGAGAGUGCUCGAGCAGCAUAAACUCACAAAGGAACAGUGGGAGGAACGUAUCAUGGUUUUGCACAAACAACACAGGGGCGUGUUGAGGGAGGACGGCAUGGUGGAGUAUCUGAAGAUUGCCCAGGACCUAGAGAUGUAUGGCGUGAACUACUUCAGCAUCAAGAAUAAGAAAGGCUCAGAACUGUGGUUGGGUGUUGAUGCCUUGGGACUCAAUAUUUACGAGCGAUCAGACAAGCUGACCCCAAAAAUCGGAUUUCCAUGGAGUGAGAUAAGAAACAUCUCAUUCAACGACAAGAAGUUUGUCAUCAAGCCAAUUGACAAGAAGUCUCCGGACUUUAUAUUCUACGCUCCACGUCUACGCAUCAACAAGCGUAUCCUGGCCCUGUGCAUGGGUAACCACGAUCUCUACAUGCGCAGACGCAAGCCCGAUACCAUCGAGGUGCAGCAGAUGAGAGCCCAGGCCAAAGAGGAGAAGACAAAGAGACAGCAGGAGAGAGCCCUUUUGGAAAACGAGAAGAAGAAGAGAGAGAAUGCAGAGAAGGAGACGGAGAAGAUCGCCAGGGAGACCAUGGAGCUGAUGGAGAGGCUGAGACAGAUUGAGGAGCAGACGAAAAAAGCCCAAGAAGAGCUGGAAGAGCAGACUAAGCGCGCCUUGGAAUUGGAGAAGGAGCGCAAGGUGGCCCAGGAUGAGGCUGAGCGCCUGGACAAGGACCGCCGAGAGGCCGAGGAGGCCAAGUCCUCGCUCCUGCAGCAGUCGGAGAACCAGCAGAAGAACCAGGAGAACUUGGCUACCGAGGUCGCGGCACUCACUUCAAAGAUCUCCUUCCUUGAGGACGCCAAGAAGAAGAAGGAGGAUGAGGCCAGAAAAUGGCAGAAAAGGGCUUACCUGUUUGAGAGUGACCUGGAGAGGAUGAAAGACAAGUUGAAGACUAAGCUAUUGGGGGUCCAAAUCCAGGAGCUGCACCAGACAGAAAACGACCACGAUGAGAAUGACGAGACCAGCGCUGAGGCCAGCGCAGAGCUCACAGCCUCUGGGACAAUCCGCGACCGCAGUGAGGAGGAGCGCAUGACCGAGGCCACCAAGAACGAGAGCCUGCACAAACGCCUGCUGGUGCUGAGCUCUGAGCUGGCAGAUGCCCGUGAUGAGACCAAGAAAACUCCAAAUGAUCUGAUCCAUGACGAGAACGUAAAGGCCGGCCGAGACAAGUACAAGACCCUGCGUCAAAUCCGCCAAGGCAACACAAAGCAGCGCAUCGAUGAGUUUGAGUCCAUGUAAUCCCCCCCACCCCCACCCCCCCUUUCAAAAGUUGAUUGCAUUGUGGCUGUGGUGAGGCAUGAUGUAAUAACUAAAUCUACAGAGAAGUACACUGUGCACUGUUAUCCAAAUGCCAAAUGGGAAUUACUCACUUAAAUUGCACUUCCAUGCUAUUUAAGACAACAAACUGUCUGUUUGCUACAGUAAUGCUUUGUGUGUGUUGGUAGUAGUGAGAGACUGUAGGGCUUGCAGCCAUGUAUUGUUGGGUAAGUCAAAACGUUCAUCUAUCACAUCGCUUUAAGUUCCCACCCUGACAAUGUUGAGACUUGAUUGCUUGAGAAGUUUCAGAGUGAAAAUAUAUUAUAUACGUAUAGUUGAGAAUAUAUUCUGCAGAUGUUCUGUAUAUUUACGCAAAUAUUUGUGAGGAAAUGAUGAGUGUGUUGUGGCAGUGAAACUAUACUGCACCUGUACAUCCCUGUGUUUCCACUUGUGAAUGACAUUACAGAAAUAAAGAAAAACAAGCCUUUAUGCGGUAUAAAAUAAUGAAAUAGUGCAGAGCUUGAUUUGGGGUUUGGUUGAGACGUGGGGGUUGGUUGAUAGUUGGGCUCAACAUUAGCCAAUCAUAUUAUGACGCCAGUGCUUCUGUGUUCCGGUCGUGUUGACUGAAUGGGGCUGUUAGUACCAAUUUGUUUUGUUUUCCAUUGGCAGAGCGAGAUCUGUGUACAAACGCCGGACAUUUUUAUGAGUGCAAACACUGAACGGCCGACUAAAGAACCCAUCAUGGCAGACUUGACCUUUAACCAGUGAUUUGCGUAACUCUCUGAGGAUGUUUACAAUAUUACCUGACUGCCUUGUAGUUCAUGCAGAUUCAGCACUAAAUGUCUGUAGUGUUUAUAUUAUUUGAUCAGUUGGGUUUUAAUAUGUUUUUCUUUUACUGUCUACUGUUAAAAAAAAACAAAAAAAACCAAUCUGUGUCUGUUUUGGCCCUAACUCACAAUCAGUGGACUUUCACGUCUUCUUAUUAAACAUGAAUGAA